GAGCUCCCUGAUCCGAGGGCAGGCAGGCAGAGUGUUAAAAUGGCGCACAGCUGUCGGUGGCGGUUCCCUGCUCGGCCCGGAGGGAGCAGCAACUCGGGCACUGGGAGAAAAGCGGGCCGGAUCCGGGUCACAGCUUCGCUCCGAAAUAGCGCCGGGAAUCAUCCGACCGCGAGCGGGCUCGGGCCCGGGUUCGACGCGGCGCUGCAAGUGUACACCGCGAUCGGCACCAACCUGCGUAAAUUUCGGGAUGUUUUGGGCGAGUCGAGCGGCUCCAGCAGCGCAGAGGAAGAUGCAUUUGAAGGUUUUGAUCCAGUCAUUGAAAAUGGAAGAGUACAUAGUCCUGGGUGGACCUCAACAGCUAAAUUGUCACGUGAGAAGAAGCCAAGAGGCCGUCCCCCAAGAUGUUCAACUGUGCAGAAAUUGGCUACGCCUGUUGAACCUCGUCCUCUGUCUGUCAUCACAACUCCACCCACAGAGAAGGUAAAGCGGCCACCAGGUAGACCUCCUGGCUCUGGGGAAAAAAGAAGAGGCCGUCCUCGUGCAUCUGGUAAUCCGAGAAACUGGCUGCAAGGUGGCCAAGUGUUACCUAGUGACGGCAGGGAUGCUGGACUGGAGCACAACUGUAGUCCAGCACUUCGCAAGGACGUUGUGGAAGAUGACAAAGAGAGAAAGGCUGCAAAGAGAACUCCCCUUGGAUCUGUACAGCAGAAGGAAUCUGAGGACAAGUUGGCAAAAGUGGGCCGUGUUUCAAAGGUGACCAAACUGAAGCGGAUGCGGGAUGUCAAAGUGAAGCCCCUUAAGUCUGGACUUUUAAAGGGUGUCCCAGUCCCCCUUGUGCCAAGACGGCGUGGCAGACCUUCCUCUGCUGAGCGCCUCAAAGCUGGGAUUGCUGCUGCUUCAUUGGCCCUGGAGUUGUCCCCCUCUGAGUCUGGCACUGCCAAACAUAAGACCUUCAAUGUUGGUCGAGAAGAAGAUCUGGAUCCCCGCUCUACACAGCAUCUCAAGCUCAGGGCCUCUCAUUCUGCUGAUGAACGCACUACCCCAGAUUCCCCAGGUUCUGAAUCGGUCAUCAAUCCAACCACACCUCCAAAACUUGGAAGUCGUUUGGGUUUACGGCAAAGUCCUCGGCAUAUCAAGCCUGUGCGCGCUGUCCCACCUUCCAAACGCACUGAUGCCACUAUUGCAAAGCAGUUACUGCAGCGGGCUAAAAAAGGGGCACGCAAAAAGAAACUGGAGGCGGUGAGUACUCAGGGAGCGGCAGCUAUUGAAUCUGGUAUUAGGAGGAGAACAAGAACACAGCUGAAAAACAUUCGGCAGUUCAUAAUGCCUGUGGUGAGCACAGUGUCCCUGCGGAUUAUUAAGACCCCUAAGCGCUUCAUUGAAGAUGAGUUUGGUGCCCCUCCCCCACACAUGAAAAUUGCACGCUUGGACUCUACUGUGCCAGCUCCAGUCACCCAUCCCACAACAACAUCCUCCACACUUGUUUCCACUGCUCCAAGUACAACAGGAACUGUGGCCAUCUCUGGGGCAGGACCACCUGCUGAUACUUUCCCUCCCCCUCCACCACCUGCCCCUCCUGCCAGUGCCACUGUUGCAACAGGAAGUCUCCUCAGUAACAAUAGCUGCAACAGUAAUGGGCGUUUCAGUAGCAGUGCAGCAUCUUGUGGCUCCAGUGCAGUAUCGCAACAUUCCUUUCAGCUCUCUUCUGGAGAGUCUUCACGCUCCAGCAGUCCCAGUCUGGAUGACUCCUCUUGUGACUCGCAGAUUUCAGAUGGCACUCAGGUGCUCUCAGAGGAGCCUGACCAUUCCCCUUCCUCUCAGGGAGAGAGGGAGGCCAGUCUGCACCAUUCCCCACGUCCACUGUCCCCACCUUCUGAGCCUGAGACCGAGCACAUGGAGUUAAUGGAGCCAACCAGGCGAGGACGCAGAGGUCAAGGCCUUAGGAGAGGCAACUUUGUGUCACGUGGUCGGAGCAAUGUGAUCAGCAAUAGGAAAAGAGCUAUCCUCAGCCCUGCCACAGGUGUAAUGAUGUCCUCUUCUCAGGCAGGGUCCCAGCAGGCCUCUUCUACUGCUUCUUCAUCGUCUUCUCCACCACCACCUCCGCUUCUUACUCCACCUCAGCCUCCUCAGUCAGCCUCAUCCAGUGUAUCUGCCAUUAACGAACAUCACUCCCACUCCCCAUGGAUUAUGCCUCAUCCCAUUGCCCCUUUUCUGCCUACUCCUCCAAUAAUCCCUGGUUCUCAUGACAAACGCCGUGCCAUACUUCGGGAGCCCACAUUUCGCUGGACAUCUUUGUCACGCAUAGAGCAGCAAUACUUCUCUUCUGCCAAGUAUGCAAAAGAGGGCCUUAUUCGCAAGCCUAUAUUUGAUAACUUCCGCCCUCCACCACUCACAGCUGAAGAUGUGGGACUGAUGCCUCCUGGACCUGGAGGAGGGGGAGUCGCACCAGGAGGGUUCCCUGCACCAGCUGGUACAUCUGGGACUGGUUCUAGGCUGUUUUCUCCUCUACAUCAUCAUCACCACCAGCAUACCUCCUCUCGUUUUGAGCCUCCACUCCAUAAACGCAGCCCACUGCUCCGUGCCCCUCGCUUUACUCCCAGUGCUGCCCACUCCCGCAUUUUUGAGUCAGUCACUCUGCCAUCUUCCUCUGGUAGCAGCCCUAGCUCUCAAUCUCCUCUCCAGGUCACACCACCAUCGAAUAGGCUGCCACGACGCAGGAAGAGGAGAACAUUCGUGCAUUCCCGCAUACAAUCCAGAUCACCCUCGCACUCCAUGACCACCAGGAGCAGUCAAUCAGGAGCCCAGUCUGGAAAGAGCUCUGCUGAACUCUCUGCACUAACUAGCUCUGUUCCUACAAGUGUGACUGGCAAUUCCAGCCCUUUACCUGGGAUUGCAGUCAGUCCAGUUGCUCCAAGUGCCUUACCUCAAGCCCAUUUCAAUACGUUCUCAUCAAGUUCUCUUGGUUCCAUUAGUCAUAGAGCCUCUGAUGUUCGAAGAGUGGAUGGGGGUCUUGGUGGUGGUGGGAGUUCUGCCUCUUCCUCGUCACAGCUCUUCCCUCGUUUUGCUUCCAGCCCCCAAGGUUCAAGUGGGGGCAUUGGAAAAAUAGGGAGAGAGAGGAGUGUCUCAACUUCCAGAGAUGCCCUUCCCAAAGAGAAAGAAAGAGAGGCAGAGAGAAGUAGAGACCGUGGAAAGGAAAAUAAAAAAGAAGCAAAAAAAGAUUGGGAAAGAAGAGGGAAGAGCCUUGCUUCGGAUGGCCCUACUAAUUCUACUUCAAGCCUUUUUGCUAUGGAUGGCAAGGAUGUUGAGGAAACUUGCAGCCAGAAAAAGACUCCUGGGCAAAGGAAAUCUGUUUCUGUUGACUCUGGUGCAGAGACUCCACCAGCUGAUACAAAUGUAAUCCAGCCAACAAGAGCAUUGUUGUCUAAAGGACGCAUGUCCAAAAAAGGCAGAUUGCCAGAAAAAGGUAUGGAAGCUGAUGAAAUUGAGAAGAACAAAGAGAGAGCUAGUGCACCUGUCCCACCCAUUCAUUCCAGAAAACUCCCCUCUACACCAUCCCUUGGUUCCAUGCUCGCCCUUGCUGAAAAACAGCCAGCCACAGACAGGCGUGUGGCAGGCCUCCUGAAAAAGGCUAAAGCCCAGCUCUUUAAUAUAGAAAAGAGCAAGUCCUUGAAGCCAGUGGAUCAGCCUAAAGUGCAGGGUCAAGAAAGUGAUUCUUCUGAAGCAUCAGUUCGUGGUCCACGGAUCAAGCAUGUGUGCCGUCGUGCCGCAGUAGCAUUGGGUCGCAAUCGUGCUGUGUUCCCAGAUGAUAUGCCCACCCUUAGUGCCUUGCCAUGGGAGGAGAGAGAAAAGAUCCUGUCUUCCAUGGGGAAUGAUGAUAAAUCUUCAGUGGCAGGUUCAGAAGAGGCAGAGCCUUCUUCCCCUCCUCUAAAACCAGUAACAAGACACAAAGCUGUCCAAGAAGCGACACCCAGAAAGGGUCGGCGCUCGCGGCGUUGUGGGCAGUGUCCUGGUUGUCAAGUCCCAGAGGACUGCGGGCAUUGCGCUAACUGUCUGGACAAGCCUAAGUUUGGGGGACGCAACAUUAAAAAACAAUGCUGCAAGGAAAGGAAGUGUCAGAACUUGCAGUGGAUGCCAUCAAAACUCUUUCUUCAGAAGCAAGCGAAAGGUAAAAAAGAUAAGAAGAAAAGCAAAGUGCCAGAAAAAAAGGAAGCUCAUCACUCUGUCAAAUCUCAGUGUCCUGAGGUAAGCCUCAAAGCAGCUCCAGCUCCCUCAAAAGAUGACCCUCCCGUGAAGAAAAGUGACACUCCACCCCCAGUACAGGAAGAGGAUAAACAAAAACAGCAGCCACCAUCCCCACCACCACCCAGCUCUUCCCCAAACGGUGAUCUCCCUUUACUUCCCAGCCCAGAGGACCCAAGACCACCUUUAGUUUUUCCGAGUUCUGCUUAUAAAAAGGACCGAAAGCUGUCUAGCCCUUUAUCUAGGUCCCCACACACCACUGCGUCUAGCCAACCACCAGAACCGUCUCAAGAGAUCGUGCAGCAGCAAACCCAGACUCCAGCAAAAAAGGAAGGACCCACAAAGUCACCAUCAAAUGAACCCAAAAGGAAGCCCCAGCAGCAUACUCAGCCUUCAUCUGUUGCAUCUUCUGCUUCAGAAGCAAAGCAAAUAAAAAAGCAACCUGUUCAUUGUGGUACUCCACCAAAGCCAAAACCAAAGGAGAAGGAGAAACAGAUGGUCACCAAACCUGACCACAGUACUUUAAACUUCCUGAGCACUCCCUCGACUGGGGGCACUGCCAAGCAGAAAGCACCCUCCGACGGAGUGCAUCGAAUUAGAGUGGAUUUUAAGGAGGACUUUGACAUUGAGAAGGUGUGGGAAAUGGGUGGGCUCAGCAUCCUCACCUCCGUGCCAGUCACCUCACAAGUAGUCUGCUUUCUCUGUGCUAGCAGUGGCAACGUGGAGUUUGUGUUCUGCCAGGUGUGCUGUGAGCCUUUCCAUAUCUUUUGCUUGAGAGAGACCGAACGCCCCCUAAAUGAGGAGUGGGAAAACUGGUGCUGCCGCCGGUGCCGCUUCUGCCAUGUCUGUGGCCGCCAGCACCAGAAGACUAAAGAGCUGCUGGAGUGUGACAAGUGCCGAAACAGCUUUCACCCAGAGUGCCUGGGACCCAACCAUCCUACAAGACCCACCAAGAAAAGAAUCUGGAUUUGUACCAAGUGCGUUCGCUGUAAAAGUUGUGGGGCUACCAAACCAGGAAAGACUUGGGAUGCCCAGUGGUCACAUGACUUCUCCUUGUGUCAUGACUGUGCCAAACAUUUUGCUAAAGGAAACUUCUGCCCUCUCUGUAAUAAGUGCUAUGAUGAUGAUGAUUAUGAAAAUAAGACAAUGCAGUGUGGAAAGUGUGAUCUCUGGGUUCAUGCCAAAUGUGAGAAUCUUACAGAUGAGAUGUACGAGUUGUUGUCCAGACUGCCUAAAAACGUGGCCUACACCUGUGUUAAAUGUACUGAGCACCACCCACCUAAGUGGCGCACUGCCUUAGAGAAGGACGUUCAGAACAGUAUGCGCCAAGUUCUCACUGCACUCCUCAACUCUCGCACUUCCACUCACCUGCUCCAUUACAGACAAGCGGUAAUGAAACCACCGGAGUUGAAUCCAGAAACCGAAGAGAGCCUCCCCUCACGACGUUCGCCUGAAGGGCCUGACCCUCCACUUCUUACCGAGGUUUCCCUGCCCAGUGAUUCACCCCUUGACUUGGAGUCUGUGGAAAAGAAAAUGAAUUCGGGGUACUACAGAUCUGUGCUGGACUUUAGCGAUGAUAUUGUGAGAAUUGUCCAGACGGCCAUUAAUUUAGAGGGAGGUCAGCCAGAAAGUAGAAAGGCUAACAGCAUGGUGAAGUCCUUCUUCAUUCGGCAAAUGGAACGGGUUUUUCCUUGGUUCAAGGUGAAGGAAUCAAAAUUCUGGGAGGCACACAAAGUCUCUUACAAUAGUGGUUUACUUCCUAAUGCUGUACUACCUCCUUCUCUGGAUCACAACUAUGCCCAGUGGCAGGAGAGGGAAGAAAUGGCAUGUUCUGAGCACCAUCUCUCUAUGAAGAUUAUUCCUGCUCCUUCUUCUAAAGCUCCUGGAGAACCCGACUUCCCAAUUGUCCCUCCACCACCACCUCCACAGUUUACACAUGACCUGAGUCAGGAGGACAUCCCCGAACCUCCCCCUCCUGCUGGUAUUGAUGACAAUAGACAAUGUGUACUUUGUCUGAACUAUGGUGAUGAGAAGACAAAUGAAUGUGGAAGGCUGCUUUACAUUGGCCAAAAUGAGUGGACUCAUGUGAACUGUGCAUUGUGGUCAGCAGAGGUAUAUGAGGAGGAGGAUGGCUCUCUCAAAAAUGUCCACAUGGCAGUAAGCCGUGGCAGACAGCUGCACUGUGAGAACUGUCAAAAACCAGGAGCCACUGUAGGCUGCUGUCUUACCUCUUGCUCAAGUAACUACCACUUCAUGUGUGCUCGUCAGUGCCACUGUGUCUUUCUGGAAGACAAAAAGAUGUAUUGCCAGCGACAUAGAGACUUGAUCAAAGGCGAGGUACUGUCAGAUACAGGAUUUGAAGUGACCCGGAGGGUUCUGGUGGACUUUGAAGGGAUCAGUUUGAGAAGAAAAUUUCUCCAUGGCCUUGAACCAGAUAAUGUCCACAUGAUGAUCGGUUCCAUGACCAUUGAUUGUCUUGGUAUGUUAACGGAGCUCUCAGAUUGUGAGCGAAAACUCUUUCCCAUUGGAUAUCAAUGCUCAAGGGUCUACUGGAGUACACUGGAUGCCCGCAAGAAAUGUGUCUACAGAUGUAGAAUUCUGGCAUGCCGCCCUCUAGUGGCAGACAGCAUCAGUAACAGCAUAGUCACACAAGAGAACAAUUGUACUAUUGCCCACAGCCCACCUCCAGUCUCGGAAGAGGCGGACACGCCACCAUUGCCUGAUUCAGUCUCUGUUGACCAUAGCAUCUUGCCCAUGAUGCCAAAACCAAGGGUUUACUUUAGAAACAGACACCCCAGUUACCCACCCUGCCAUCGUUUUUCUUCCUCUAGACACCUGCCCUCUCCAGGGGCUGUCAGUACAGCUCAUGAAAUUGUAACUGUUGGUGACCCUCUGCUGAGCUCCAGGCUACGUAGUAUUGGGUCUCGUCGCCAUAGCACUUCCUCCCUCUCACAUCAGCAGCCAAGACAGAGAAUGUCCUCUGGUCCACAAGGAAGUAUCUUAUCCAACCAGUUCCAACCAGUGUCUCCAUCACUUGCCUCGACCUCCCAGGACCUUGGAGGUGGAGAUUCUGUAAAAGGGAAAUUGUCUAGUGGUGAGAAACCUCCAUGUCGAGAGACAACCACUGUAAAAACCAUAGCCCAGUAUAGACCUGUUUAUGGUGUUACAGAGAGAGUGAGUAGUGGUAGAGAUGCUAGCAAAAAGCCACAUGAAGGAGAGCAUCUUAAAUCUGCUCCAUCAGCAGUCCUGGCAUCACCUCCACUUGGAACUGCAGUUUUGACUGGGCAUCAAAGGGGCAGUGACAGCAUGAGGAUAGAAAAGGGGAAACCGGUAACAAAAGACACUGAUCUACCAGCAGGAGCCACUCUUUUGGCUAGCAAUCCACUUGCUACUGAUUCAAAAGAUAAUGCUGUUCCAGGGAAAGAAGCAGUCAUUACAGCAGUGCCAGAAUCUAAAGAUAUUCGAAAGACUUGCUCUCCCCAGGCACUGCACCACAAAACUGGCAGUAGGAAAUCCCAUGACUGUGUCUCAGGACCAUCUCUAGCUGCAGCUCCUAAGCCUCUCUGGUCACAUGGAGUGAUUACUGGAGGGGAGGACAUAAAACGAGGAACUCAGGCAAGCCCCUCAGUGGUAGCUAGUCAUGUGACCUCUAACACCAAAGAGAAGCCCUCGAAAGUUAAAUUAACCGAGGGCAAGGAUGUUUCAAAAGAAAGGAAGGAGGUGCCUCAAAACAGUAAGGCGCAGAUUCUUAAUAGUAACUCUAGCAGCUCCAAAACCAGUAAUAUUAAAACCCAGGCCCAAGUGUCAUCCUCGCAAAAUAAUACAAAUAAAGGCACGGCUGUCAUCAGUAACAAAACCUCAGGCUCUGUGGACAUUACAAAAUCUCAUAGUCAGAGAGGUGAAAGGCAGAUAAAGUCUCGGGAGAGAUUUGGCACGGAGAAAAAACACAGUUCUGCAGUGGAAGCAGUUCAGUCAAUGCCAGGUUCAGAGCGGAAUGUAGGCCCCCCACACGUUCACCUUAAAUCAAGAGAAGAACCUAUGCCAGUUGAGAAGGAUUGCACAGAGAGACUGUCUCUAGCAUCUCAAAAAAUGGAUCCUAAUGGGACCAAAGCUGUUAGCACAUGCGCAAAUACAAACACAUCCACUUCCAGAUCCCUUGGUAGCCAUGCUUCACAGAGGAAGUCUUCCCAUGCAAUGCUAUUUUCUCCUUUUGCCAGCUCUGAAAGCUCAGAGUCUGAUAGCCACACACCUCCAGAAGAGCAGAAUGUGGACCACCACUGUGCUGAGGAUGAUGGCGAUGGGGUGGAUCAUAAUUUAGAAGAUGAAAGUUCUCCAGAGAAGCACCAGGAGGAGGACAGUGAUGGUUCCACAAAACGACGAUACCCUAGGCGAAGCGCUAGGGCUCGCUCCAACAUGUUCUUUGGACUUACCCCCUUCUAUGGUGUCCGUUCCUAUGGUGAGGAAGAUCUUCCUUUCUACAGUGGCGAUAUCCCUAUAAGAAAGCGCUCAGGUGGCAGCAAGCGAUCAGCUGAAGGACAAGUCGAUGGGGCUGAUGAUAUGAGCACAUCAUCAUCUGCAGACAGUGGAGAGGAGGAGGAAGGGUUUGGUCCAAACAAGGAUUCAUACUAUUAUAACUUCACGCGAACCAUUAUAAACCCUAGCUCCAGUUUUCCUUCUAUUGAGGGUAUAGGUCAGUGUUUAGGAAGAAGAUCACAGAUCCACAGGUUCAUGAAGGAUGGAGCAAAGGAAACUGAUGAUGACAGUGAUGAAAUAACCGCAGCGACCAAAAGUUUAGAAUGCCAACAGAUUGGUCAACUGGAUGGAGUCGAUGAUGAUUCUGAAAGUGAUGCCAGUGUCAACACCAGCAGCACAACCACUGCUACAACAUCCUCGACACAUAAAAACUCAACCAAAAAGAGGGGUCGAGAGAGCCGAGCUGAGAAACUGAAUGCUGACUCUGGGAAAGAAGCUGAAAACACUGCUGGUGAUGGAAGCACCCAUAGCCGCGAUGUUCGUAAAAAUCAGAAGGAUAACUGUCUGCAGUUAGGAAGUGUGAAAUCGCAGGGACAGGAUCCUCUUGAAAACCAGCUAUCGCUUAGUGCAGACCUUCUUAAGUCUGAUUCGGACAACAACAACAGCGAUGACUGUAACAUCCUACCUUCUGAUAUUAUGGAGUUUGUGUUAAACACGCCAUCAAUGCAAAGCUUGGGACAACAGCCAGAGGCUAAUUCCACUGAACCAUUUUCUUUGGAUGAGGGCUAUGGAGUUGAUGUAAACCGAAGGAAGAAUAUACUUUUUGAAGACUUUACCCAGCCACUGCCCAGCACAGAACCUGUAGAGAGUGGAGUGAGCACCUCAAUUCCAGUAGAAGAACCCUAUGGCCUCCCACUGGAGCUGCCGUCUGACCUUUCUGUGCUCACAACUCGUAGUCCAUCUGUAAAUAACCAAAGUCAUGGUUCACUCAUUUCUGAGAGCUCUGAGCGCAGUAUGCUGGCCUUGGCUACAGAGGAAUCAGGAGUUGAUAAGGCUGGGGACAAGCAGAGAGCAGGAAGUGCUGUAUCUAGCGAGAGCCCACGAGAUGAUGGUGGAGAUUCGCAAACAACUGAAGGUGACAUGACACCUGAUCAUUUCAUUUCUACUCGCAUUGAUGGAGAUCACAUUUCAAGUCAUGGAAUAAACCAAGUAACAGAAGCAGGGAAUCCAGAUCUAACCAGAACAUCGAGCACACCAGGCUUGCCAAGUUCACCUACUGUGGCUUCGCAGGGUCAGAAGUUUAUUCCUUCUGCCACAGUCAGUACAGGUCACUCUCAGAUUGUGAGCCCUGCUGUUCAGUCCACUCAUUCUCCUUUGAAAGCUGGUCCAGAGAAAUUGAUAGUUCUGAAUCAGCAUUUGCGACCUCUUUAUGUACUGCAAACUCUCCCCAAUGGUGUAACUCAAAAGAUACAGAUUGCACCAUCUGUCAGUGCAACCGGUGUCAUGAAUAGCAGUGCACCUGUAUUGACAGGCCUCAGUGCUGGAAUUUCUCCCUCUCAGUCCAUUUUCCCUGCCGUGACCAAAGGUUUAGUUCCUGUGCCUCAUCAUCCUCAGCUUCAUGCUUUUACUAGCACCACUCAGACAGGUUUCCAGUCAAUUAUUCCCAGCACUACAUCUGGCCUUUUUAUUGGCGUUCCUUCUCAUGAUCCCCAAAUUAUUGCAUCAGAAGCUGGACAUAGACAUGAUCUGGCCCCCAGUGUUGCUAUGGUAUCCAGUGCAUCGUCCAUUUCCCCAACUCCUACUGUGCUUGCCACUGGGCAUGGCAAAAAGCGGCCAAUUUCGCGUCUACAACCUCGUAAGAACAAGAAGCUGGCCCGAUCCAGGAGCCAACCCACACUUGCACCAUCAGAGGUUGGGCCUAACAUGACCCUUAUUAACCUGUCCUCUCCACAAAUUGCUACUGGAAUCCCUGCUCAACCAGGACUAGUCGAACUUGGCACAAUAACAGCUGCAGCGGCCACAUCUCACCGCAAAAUGCCAAACAUCAUAAAACGCUCAAAAUCUGGAGUAGUGUACUUUGAGCCUACUCUCCUUCCACAACCAAUGCCAAUCUCGACUGCUGCUCAGGCUGGUAUCAUUGGGCAUGAUCCCUCAACCCACUUAUUGCCUUGUACGGUGGCAGGACUUAACCCUAAUCAGUCAUUGCUGAACGUUGUAUCAAUGCCUCCGACAGGACCUGGAAAUCUUUUGGGAGCAAAUUCCGUGUCUUUAAGUACUCCGGGGCUCAUUAGCUCGGAGAUCACAGGCCCCAUAAGUAACCUUGUCUUUAAAGCCGGUCCACAUAACCUGGGCCUUCCAGAGCAGCAAAUGGUUCUUCAGUCUGGAACCCCUAUGGUGUCCCAAAUUGCCAGUCCUGCCCAGACUUCCAUUGCAAGUAGCAUCUGUGUUCUUCCACCAAAUCAAAUCAGCAUGUCACCCAGCCAGCACCAAGACAAAGAAGCCAAUGUUUGCAAAGAAGGCAGUCUUCAGAAUCCUGUUACUAAAAUUGUAGCAGAUAAGACUGUUGAUCCCAGUACCAGUCACAUCACGCAUGACCAAAAUAAGGGUCAUGCAGUUGGAGUUCCUUCCCAGAGCUCACAAACCUCACCUGUCUCACAAGCCACAAGCCAACAGCAAGCACUGAAGUCACCUGCUGCCAAAACUUCCACAGGCAUUGGAAAGGUAAAGCAAAAAGCAAAGAGGACUCUACCAAGUGUAGCCAAUAGUGGUGGAAAGAAGCACAAGGGUGGGCCAUCGGAGGCACCGACAGAAUCACAGGGUGUUCCUGACUCUACAAAUCCGUCUUUACAGAGGGGUAAAGAGCAUAUGGCUCUCGAGCUGACAAGUAUGGCAAAAUCUAAUGAAAAAGGUUCAAGAAAGAGUAAUUCUAGAAAGUGUGAACCAACCUCUCUUAAUCAGAAGGCCAUAGAAUCCCAUGGUGAAAAACUCAGGACUGCUAGUCUUUCUGGUCAGAAUGCUGACCAAGCACCUAAUGCUCUGCAAGUUGCCACUCCUGAUCAGAAGGACGGUGGACAAAAUCCCACCUCAGACUGCAAGCCCAAAAAAGGCCUUCUGUUUGAAAUCUGUAGCGACGAUGGCUUUCAGGUCUGCUGUGAAAGUAUUGAAGAGGCCUGGAAAUCUCUCACAGAUAAAGUUCAGGAGGCACGCUCAAACGCCAAACUCAAAGAGCUCUCUUUUGAUGGAGUGAACGGGCUGCGGAUGCUGGGUGUUGUCCACGAUGCUGUAGUUUUUCUUUUGGAGCAGCUAUACGGUGCCAGAUACUGCAGAAACUAUAGGUUCCGCUUCCACAAACCAGAGGAAGUGGAUGAACCUCCUCUUAACCCUCAUGGAUCUGCUCGUGCUGAGGUCCACCACAGGAGGUCUGUUUUGGACAUGUUCAACUUCCUGGCUUCCAAAUAUCGGCAACCACCUGAGUACAACCCUCAAGAGGAGGAGGAAGAAGAGCAGUUCAAAUCUGCUCGACGGGGCACCAGCACAGACGUGCCUCUGGCUGCCAGGUUCAGACACUUGAAGAAAACAUCCAGAGACUCUGUAGGCGUAUACAGGUCAGCCAUACACGGCCGUGGUCUGUUCUGCAAGAGAAACAUUGAUGCUGGUGAGAUGGUGAUUGAGUAUUCGGGCAAUGUCAUUCGCUCUGUCCUUACUGACAAACGAGAAAAGUACUAUGAUGCCAAGGGAAUUGGCUGCUACAUGUUUCGCAUCGAUGACUAUGAGGUGGUAGAUGCCACCAUGCAUGGCAACUCUGCUCGUUUCAUCAACCACUCCUGUGAGCCCAACUGCUACUCCCGUGUGGUCAAUAUCGAUGGGCAAAAGCACAUAGUCAUUUUUGCAUUGCGGAAAAUCUACAGGGGCGAAGAGCUCACAUACGACUACAAGUUCCCCAUCGAGGAACCAGGCAAUAAGCUGCCUUGCAACUGUGGGGCCAAAAAGUGUCGCAAGUUCCUUAAUUAACACCUCUCCCUUUUCUUACUUUUAACUGAACCCUGUCCUUCCAAACGAAACAGUGUUUUUGUCAAUGUGUGUAUUUUGAAUAAUAUGGUUAUUUAUUGACACAGGCUCAGGUUUUCAGAGGGAUUAUGGCACUGUGCCUCAAGUUGAUUCAGGAAAGGUUUCAAGAGCAAUGUCACAAUGAAUAAAAGGACUUCUUCAGUGGAGCUCUCCCCACGCCUACCAAAACAGGCCAGUCGAAGAUGAGCGGUCUGCUUCUUAUCAAAUCGUGUACCCUAUUUAGCCCAAAUCUUCAUUACGAAUUCCAAAUGUGUAAUGUUGAGUCUCAUCUGCCCAUGCCUAUGGAAUGUGGGGGGGGGAUAUGAUGGAAUUGCCACAUUGUUUUAUUUGACACCAAAGUGCAAUUUUUCUAAGAGAACGGUACACUUUUUUUUUUUUUGUUAGAAGAAUUGUGAAGGGUCCAUUGUGUUUUGUUUGGCUUGGCUUUUUUUAAAAUCAACCAUCAAAUCUCCCUUUCUGAAUGUACAUCAACGCCUUCUCCUUCUGGUGAUGUGGUCUAUGUGUAUAUGCUAACCCGAACCCUUGGACUGAUGGAUUGAGAAAGCUAGAGGGAGCUCUUUGUUCCCGGUGAUGGACAUGUGUAAGUUUUUAUCAAAGCAGGGGUAGGGGGGAGAAAUGUGUGCAUCUAAACUGUUUAAGAAGUAAUAACCCCUGGAGGUAUCAUUGGAGGCUGGAUGUGCUGAGAUUCUGGUGGACUGACAGCCAAGGGACUAAAGAAAUUUAAUGGGCGGGUGGGAUUGCUUAAUUUUACUUCAUCAAUUUUUCUAGUAACUUGGACUGAUAUUUGUAAUAAGGAAAUUUAGUAUGUGCAUGUUUUAAGGCCUGUAGCUGAUAGUAUUUACUCAAAAAACCCAAUGGCAUCCAAAUGUUUUCUCAAGAGGGAUGAGUCAUUUUUAAAUGUUGCUUUUCCUGUUUGUUUUUUUGUAGAUAAGUAAAUGUCAUUAUUUCCUUUCAUAUGUAAAUAAUAUGUAUAUUUUUCUAUAUAAAAAGAUCUGAAAAGCACUCACUAGUGAAUAGCACUUAUUGAUAUUUAUAUUUUUAAUAAAAUAUUGUAUUUAUUUUACCAACAUUUUGUAGUAGAUAGUGAUUUACAACACUAAUGCUUGUCAUUAUUUUUUUAUAGUGUACUUUUUUUUUUUUAAACAGUUUGGCUUUUUUCUUUAUUCUCUUUUUUUUUUCUAUUCCAAAGACCGAAAGCCGUAGUUGUUCCCAUAGUGUGCAGUCCACCAGUUGCUCUCAUUGCCAAUCCAAGUUAGUCACAAACAUUUCAGAUGAUGGCAUAUAAUUAGCGUAGGCUGAAAAGCAUUUAGGUACAAGUGCUCGUCUGUUGAAACGGCAUGUCUCCUCCAAUGGCAGCCUUAAUAUCACGUAUACAAAUACCAACCUUCCCUUAAAGUCCCCUCUGUGCUGUUUCUCAUGCAAAGGGCAGCAGUUUUAUGGGGAGAAACGAUGAAUAGUAAAAAUGCUUGAAAUCAUUUUACAUUUAAGCAACUGCAAAGUUUACUCCAUCUAUUUUUAUUAUUGUAAAAAAAAAUAUUUUCAUAGAUACGAGUAUACCCGAAAGAAUCUGCCGCGGAGGCUAGCCCAUGAAAACUUUUUUCGAAAGCACUAUAUUUGGAGGAAAACUCAUUCUCCCUGUUUUGUGCACUGAACAUCAGUCUUCUUCCCAGCUUGACACAUGUUGCCUUGGCACUGCAUGGAGGCUCUUGCUAGCCAUUAAAAGCACACAAAUGUGCUCUUUUUGUAUGUUUCGUUCCUUUUUCUCAAUAGUUUUAGCCCUCCCCUUAUUUCUUUCACAAUAAAUUGAUUUGGUGAUGUAGUUUAGACUUCCCAUGUAUGUCUGUCCUGUACAUUUUAAUAGCAACGGUGUGGUGCCUUCUUUUACAAUUGUUUUGUCCAUCUGUUAAUUCCUGGAUGAAUCCAAUCAUUUGUCAUGGCUGAUAAGAGACAGACAUGUAUUGAGGAGCGCUCUCUCUUUAGGGUGGAGACACAUCUUGAGAGAAUACUGCAAGACUUGUAAUGCAUGCCCUUCUAAAGGUCUUAAUAAUUGUGGAAGUAUUACACUUUGUUGAGCAAACCAAUUUCUUGUGGAUGCAAACUGAUUUACGCUUAUACUUUUGUCUUCUUGACAGUCAAAACUGAGUUGUAUAAAAGGGAUAAUGUGAGAGAGCUUACUGAUGUUGCAGAAAGCCUAGGGGAUGUGUACAUACCUCCAGACAAAACUCACUCAAUUGCUGUGGUGUGCACCUCUGGCUCUUGUUUUCGAGAACGAGCCAUUAAAAGGCCAGUUUCUGUGUAGCAUUGUCUUAUUGCCUCAUGUGAACUCUAAUAUAUGUUUUUAAGGCAGUUGCAGAUUCCUCAAGCCUUAUUUCCAGAUUCAUGACAACACAAUGAGAGAUUAAUUAUGCUUUAUAUAGCUGUUAAUUGGCUGCUUUUUCAGAUUACACUUUCUGGAUUUGUGGGUUUGAUGGUGUUGCCGCAGAUUCUUGCUGGGAGCUUCUUGCCAUGCUCCUUGCGAUGUGGGUCUCGUCAUCGAUUCAGGUAUUUGAGUUCCUCUAAGUCCGGCUCUCUGGAUGCGGCACAGGGCCGGGCCGAACUCUGCAGCUAGGCCUUCGUUGAAUGUAUUAUUUGAAUUUUACGAUUGAUCUUUUAUCAUAGUAACUUUUUUUAAUGAUUGUUCCAAUGUGAAAGGCAGGGACGUUACAGAAGAGCUUUAUGUUUCAUUUUAGUCGGUGAAGAUUGUACAGCAACGGUGAUCUUUGUACAGAACUUGCAUCUGUCGAUCUGAUUAUGAUUUUACGAAUCCUAAGGGCUUUGUUAAUGACUAUUUUCCAUAAAACUAGUUUCAUCGCAACUUCAGAUGCUCCACAAACCAGUGAAAUAUGGUGUUCAGUCAGUGUUUGAGAAGCUACCAGGUUCCUAGACUUUAUUCUUCCACACCACACCAGUGGUACCACACCUUCUCCCGUACUUGCUCUUUAGUAUAUAUGUAUACAUAUUCUGACACACAUAAUGAAUAUAUUCUACCUAAACAUAUGUAUGGAUAGUAAAUUGUACUUCAAUAUUCACAAUAUCUACACAGUAUAUGGAAUGGACAGACAAAUGUAGUUACAGUAGCAAACAACAGUUUCAUAAUGGUUAAUAGCAAUGUUCAGUGUAAUCUAUAAUGACUUUGUGUUACAGAUACAGUUUAGAUUAAUGUGCAGCGUUUUAAAUAUUGACAUUAUGUAUUGUUUUUCUGUGCCUGUGUAUGCUCUUUGACUGGAGCAUUGCAGUUAUGAUCUUAGGAUUUGUUUCCUCCUUUUUUUUUUUUUUUUUUGGGAGUGGGGGGGUAGGUUGAGAGAUAUUUAUACAAUGAAACAAAGUAAAUGUAAGAUGUGGUUGUAAAGUUUGAGGUUAGCCAUUUGUUUCAAUGCUGUAGUUUUGAUUUUACUCUUUGUACUUUUUCAGAUAUUUGUGGUUGUCAAGAAAAUAACAAACAAAAACCCGAUCUUUCACCUGACCGUUUUCCCCAGACCUCUUUUCUCCAGUCUGAAAUUCAGUAAAAUAUUUUGUCGUGUUCUGUAAUGAGUAACAGUAAUGAGUAUUUUAUUUAUUUGUGCACCUUUGAAACAUCUGUAUAUGCAGGUAAAGGGUCCUGUAAUGUCCCCAAGGUACAUCAUAUAUGGUCCUAAGUGCACAUCAUAUGGUAGGACCUUACAGUGCUGUAUUAUCAUUUUACAAAACACUGGCUUUGCUUUGUGUUCAAAAAUUGACCUUCAAAAAAGACCCUGUGCUUGUCCACCUUUUCAGGCAUUGAUGUUCGGUGGUUUUUUUUUGGUUGUUGUUGUUGUGUUUUUUUGUUUUUUUUUUAAUGAACACUUCCUUAGUCGCUUUAGCUCUGAUUGUUCCGUGUUUGUUAAUGCGUAAUAUUAUUUUACUUUGUUCUCCAGUUGCCCAAACAGUGUUCACAGAAAUGAAGGAAAGCCCAUUGACAAACCACAAAUUACUUAAGAACGAAUGUAUGAGGAAAAAAUGUACAUAACUGUAAAAAGCAAAAUUUCUAAUCAUGUUUAUUUUCUAUGCACUUUUUUUAUUUAAGUGAUAGUUUAAAUAAUAAACAUGUCUUGUUUACUCAA